CCCUCCUGGGCAGCUCGUCUGGCAGCGUACGCCUCUUUAGGAGUGCUUGCCAGGGGUUCGAGUCGUGCAGGGUUAUCGUGUUCAGGGGAUGGGGUCUCUCCUCUCGGGCCGCAGGGGAUUAGUCGGGCCGCCUUCGGGUCUUGACCCGAACACCCCUGUGUCGACAAAAAAAAAAAAAACUAUUUUUAGAGCCCGCACAAACCAAUCUUAUACUUGUAUUAUUUUGGCUUUGGGUAUCCAUCGUCCAAGAUACAGCUUGUAGGAGAGCAAAUUGAAUUAGAAAAAAAGUGGGUUAUUGUUUGUUGCACCAAAAUGGCUAGCGAAGCUGUCACCCUUGCUUUGGGAACGGUGACGGAUUUGUUAGCUGAAGAAGCCAGAUUCUUGUUCGGAGUGGCGGAUCAAGUCAAGGAACUUGAAGUAGAAUUGAUAGGGAUGCAACGAUUGUUGAAAGACGCCGACAAAAAGCAACUGAAUGACUCGACAGUCCGUAAUUAUGUCAGGAAGAUCAGGCGUCUUGCUUACAGAACUGAAGAUGUCUUGGAGGAGUUUGCCGUUGAAAUCGAAUCCAGGAGAAGGGGCCACGGCUUCCGCAAGGCUUUCAGAAGAUUUGCGGGCCUAGUUUCUGAAGGAACGGCUCUUCACAGAGUUGGUUCAGAGAUAGCUAGCAUCAUAGCAGGAAUCAACAGCAUCACCAAAAAUCUGCAAACUUAUGGUGUCAUUGCAUUGAGCAGUACUGAAGACGGGCAAAGUUCCAAUGCGAGAUUGGAUCAGAAUCAACAGCGGCUGAGACAAACCUAUCCCCAUCAAGUUGAGGAAUAUUUUGUUGGGAUGGAAGAUGAUAUAAGACAGCUUGUGUCCCUCAUCACUGAUGAGCGAAUUAGAUCACAUCGAGUUAUUUCAGUAUAUGGGAUGGGCGGUCUCGGUAAGACCACUCUUGCCAGGAAGAUCUACAAGCACAUUGAAGUAGAACGUGCUUUCAAACAGUUUGCUUGGGUUUCGGUUACCCAACAGUGCAAUACGAUGACUGUCUUUCGAGACCUUCUGAAGCAGCUUGUCCCGGACGAGAGGAAGGAAAGUGUUGAGAAGAUGGAUGAGAGGGAAUUGGUAGGAGAGCUUUAUAAAGUGCAGAAAGAGACAAAAAGCUUAGUUGUUCUUGAUGACCUGUGGGAAAUUGAGGACUGGAAGCGUCUCAGUGUAGCAUUUCCAUUUGCAGAGGCGGAUAGCAAAAUUUUGAUUACAACUCGGAACCAGAAACUCGCAGAAGUUGAAUUCCCCUAUCCACUCAACCUUUUGAACGAGGAUGAAGGCUGGGAGUUGCUUCAAAAGAGAGCUUUUGCCAAAAGAAAUGGCGCAGAUUGUGAAAGUGAUCCACUGUUGGAAGCAGUAGGGAGGGCAAUUGUUCGCGAGUGUGGAAACCUACCCUUAGCAAUCUCUGCAAUUGGAGGAGUUCUGACUCCAAAGACUUCACUCGAGGAGUGGGAGAUAGUGAAGAAUGAUGUGGAUUCGUAUAUAAGGAUGAGUGAAGGUGGUAAAGAACAAGGGUAUGGAGCCGUGUUGCAGGUGUUGGCUCUGAGUUAUGACGAGCUACCCUACCACUUGAAGCCAUGUUUUCUUUACCUGGGGCAAUUUCGUGAGGAUGAGGACAUAGAUGCAGAGAUGUUGUAUCGAAUGUGGACAGCAGAAGGGAUGGUCUCAUCAGAUCAUCGCGGAAAAGGAGAAACUCUGACAGAUGUAGCUGAAAGGUACUUGUACGAGAUGGCUAGUAGGUCAAUGCUUCAAGUGAAGUUCGAUGAGUUCUCGACAUCCAGAAAGGUUGAGUCAUGCUACCUUCAUGAUCUGAUGAGGGACUUCUGCCUGGCCCGUGGAAAAGAAGUUGAAUUUCUCAAGUUGCUUGAUUUUCGAGGAGGAAAUGAUCCCUUGUCGGAUUAUUCUACAGAGCGCGACGACAGUACUCCUAGAUGUUCCAUUCACGUGGAAGAUGGUAAAAAGCAUGGUCUGGGUGAUGUUGACUCUAUGAUAAGUAGGGCACUGGAAGCCAGUGGACACCUGCGCUCUUUAACAUUAGGUGGUGGCUCUGGAUAUCCGGAGGUAAGGAUCUCAUUUCCUCAAGUAAUAUGUGAUUCAAACAAGUUCAAAUAUGUAAAGGUUCUCAAAUUCGAGGGUUAUCGUUUCAUGGGCAAAGGUUUGCCUAAAGGAAUAAAGAAGCUGGUCAAUUUGAGGUUCCUCAGUCUGAAGGACAGUGACUUGGAGACACUUCCAUCAUCCAUAGGUCAAUUACAGUGCCUGGAGACACUUGAUAUACGAGUCUAUGAUCCGAUUAAGGUGCCUGAUGUCUUGUGCAAAUUGAAAGGAUUGAAGCAUCUGUAUUUUUCUGUAGUCGUCCGACGACUAAGUUUUCUUGGCUUAAGUAAGCUGGAGACUUUAGUUGGCUUUGGAAAUGAUGUCGGAGACUUGAAACAUUUGUCAGGGUUGAAUAAUCUAAGGUUCCUCCGUGCAAUUAUGAAUAUCAGUAAAGAGAAGAACGAUCUUCCUCAGAUGCUCAAUUACUUGAAUUCCAACCGACACAAGCUACGGGAGGCUCAAUUGGAGAUUCGUGCAUAUGGUGAAGAAGAAGUAGUGCUUCCUUUUCGAGAUCUUUUGUCCUGCCAUUGUCUCCACCAAUUGACCAUAUUCAGCGGAAGGUGUGAGUUUCAAAAAGUUAAACCACCCCUUUCCCCCUCGAACCUCAGUGAGUUGCUUUUGCUGGGGUGUUCAAUUGAAGGAGAUCCAAUGAGUGUCUUGGGAAAUCUUCCAAACUUGAGGAGACUGAGUUUGAUGUCUGUGGACUUGGUGGAGAGAAGUGUGAUGAUUAUUGAUGAAAAUGCUUUUCCAAAACUCAUAUCUCUGGAGAUCUUUCGUAUAAAAAACUUGGAAAAGUGGGUGGUGGCUCAAGGAUCCAUGCCUAACCUAUCUGAUCUUGCAAUCUCGGGUUGUGAAGAGCUGGAGAUGAUUCCUGAUGGGUUGAGGUUUAUUACAACACUGAGAAAGUUGGAAAUUAGAAUGCCUGAAGAAUUCAUCAUCCAAAGAAUUCAUGGGAUCGAUGGGCGUGGAGGACCGGAUCGCGACAAAAUCAGUCGCGUCCCCGUGAUUAAAAUUGAAUCUUAUGGAAGCAUAAAGAAUAAGCAUCUUAUUCAGCCAACUGAUGACAUCUCCAGCGAAGAAUCUUCCAGUUCUGUGGAUUGCAAGUCUAGCCAUCACUGAAGCCGCUGCUUCACUGAAGAAUCUUUU